UCUGGAUUACUCCCAGAGGCCCCAGUGACAGUCCCGAUUGGCCAGUCCUGUUGUCAAGUACAGUCUGAUCAGACAAUGAAGUUCCCACCGAGCCGGACCACGUCCCCAUGUCCCCACCCUCUACCAACCAACCCUGCCCAUUUCCCCAUGUCCUCAUCAUUUCCCAACAACCCCAAGGACGUAACCUCGACGUGUCUUGUAUGCAGGCCCAGCUUGGGGACAGCCGGUUGAGCCCGGCUGUGGGUCAGCUGGUGCUGGGGGACCUGUGCCCUGCAGUCACCGCCAUCAUCAGGGACGGGCUGAAGCCAUACCAGCAGGACGUGAUUACUGGCCAUAGGCGGAGCGCACCCUGGGGAGUGGUGGUGGCGUCGGUCAGGCCAGGCCCUGUGAGGAGCUCGCUGUACAGCUUGUAUUGCACCGUUUGCCAGCUGCCCCAGCUCAGCAAUGCCCAGAGGUUCAUCGCAUUCAUAUUUGGCCUCCUGAACCUCAAGGCCCUAGAUUCCUGGAUCUCUCAUCUACACGGCUGCACGGGUGAGUGUGAGCAACCUGUGACUGGAUGGUGCCAGGUGUGCAACCUGUAACUCGCGGGUGUCAGAUUGUAUAGAGGUUCUCACUGUUCAUAUCAGACUAUAUAGAAGGUCUCAUUGUAAAUAUCAGGCUACAUAGAGGUGUCAAAAUAUCAGACUAGUGUUAAUAUCAGGUUAUAUAGA